AUGGACACACUGUUGCAGGGGAUUCCGCAUGUUGCGGUGUACCUGGAUGAUACUUUGAUCACAGGGGCCACAGAGGCGGAACAUCUGGCUAACCUGGAGCAGGUGUUGAGGAGGCUCUCAGAAGCAGGGCUGCGCAGCAAAUGUGUGUUCCUGGCAUCAAUAAAUGAUUAUGGGAAACCAGGCCGUACACAGAUUGUUGAAGAAUUACAUGAGACGCAUCCAGGUGUAUCGCGGAUGAAGAGCCUGGCAAGAUCCUAUGUCUGGUGGCCGAGACUGGAUCAGGAUCUAGAGAACAAGGUGAAAACAUGCACGCAGUGUCAGACCAAUCAGAACAUGCCUCCACCUGCUCCUUUGCACCCAUGGGAGUGGCCUGACCGCCCUUGGUCUAGGUUACAUUUUGACUUUGCUGGGCCGUUCAAGGGGCAAAUGUUUCUCAUAAUGGUGGAUGCACAUUCUAAAUGUAUUGAGGCCCACAUCAUGAGCAAUAUCACAUUUCCCACAACCAUCGACAAGCUCAGGCAGGUGUUUGCUGUCCACGGAUUGCCAGACCCACUGGUCACUGAUAAUGGCCCGACGUUCACCAGUGAGCUGUUCAGUGAAUUCAUGCACCAGAAUGGCAUACAGCACACUCGGACAGCUCCUUUUCACCCAGCCACGAAUGGCUUGGCUGAGAGGGCUGUGCAGACCGCGAAGGAGGGUUUGAAGAGGAUGGCAGGAGAUUCUCUCAGCACUCAGCUUUCACGGUUUCUGUUCAAAUAUCGACUCACACCACAGACCACAACUGGACACACGCCAGUGGAGCUGCUGAUGGGGCAUAGGCCUAAGGCAAGACUGGACCUGCUGCGUCCAGACGUGAAAGUGGUGGAGAAGCAGGAAAAAUAG